AUGGCGCUCGGACUUCUGUCUCAAUUCUUAAAGCUUUUGAAAACCAAACAGUUAGCUCAGCAUGGUUUCAGUCAAUACAGACUGAUGGUACAUGGGGAAGAUGCUUUUUUGCAUCCAGAAACUGGAUUUGAUGUGUGUGAGGAGCAAGAUUAUCGUUUGCUGAACAAAAUCCUUCUUUUGCUUUAGCUUGCAGAUUCGCUUGUGCCCUUGGAGAUUAAGCCUGGUAUUUCCUUAGCAACAGUUUCUGCUGUGUUGCAUACUAAAGACAACAAGCAUGUGCUGCAGCUCCCUCCAAAACCUCCGCAACCUCCCGCCAGCAAGAAGAGAAAGCGAGUGAGUGAUGACGUGCCAGAGUAUAAACCUUUGAAGCCAUUGCUGAGUGGCUCCAUUCCUGUGGACCAGUUUGUGCAGACGCUCGAGAAGCAUGGUUUCAGUGACGUGAAGGUGGAGGACACAGCCAAGGGCCACAUCGUACUCCUCCAGGAGGCAGAAACCCUCAUUCAGAUUGAGGAGGACUCCACACACAUCAUCUGCGACAACGAUGAACCUUUGAGGGUGAAACUGCGUGACCUGGUUCUCAAAUUCCUGCAGAAAUUUUAGCUCACAGACGUCAUGCUGCUCUGCAAGGAGACACCCCAGAGCACCAGAGCUAAGAGCUUUCCAGAGGAUGACCCCAGGGAGAGAGAGAAUUUCCUGAUUCAAAGAGACCAGAAACGAAUUUUCCCUUCACGGAGAAGCAAGGAAGUAUUUUUUAAUAUCUAUAUAUUUUUUAAAUUUUAUUUUUAACCAGUUUUUGAAUACUUUGGAGGGGAUUCCUGUGCUGUAAAAUUGGCAUUUGAAAUCUUAUAGAAGAUACAGACUGCAGAGUAAAUAAACAGAGUGUAUAUUUACCAGGUCAGGGUGAAAUUGUGUGCAGACGCAGACAUUUCUCUGUGUGACCCUCUCAGCAACGUAUGCCCCAG